GUGAAAUCACAUGGAACAUGGUACCUACAGCCGAUAAAAUUUCUGACCGAAACCCCAAGCAGAAGUACACUGACGCAGACUUCGAUGGGAUCGAACGUGUCCAAGAUAGCUUACUUUCUGUCGGAAUUAAUGAGCCUUAUGCUGAAGGCCCUAGUGAUAAAACUGACAGAGAAAGAGGAGCUGUUACUUCUGAUAAACAAACAAGGGGAUGUUGUAGAAGAUAUUUGGAAUGGCUGACAGAGUCAUUACAUCCAGUCAACUUAUGCCCUGUACUAAUAUGGCCACUUAAAAAACUAACAGCUUUAAUUCUUUUACUGCUGUUUUGGGGGGCAACAUAUACUCUAAUUAGAAAUGAGAUAGCACCAGGAGGAAAUAUUUUCACCUUACUGAUGCUUUUCUUAUUAGCUUACAUUGUGGGGCAACUUGUGUCAUUGAUACGGUUGCCUCCUCUACUAGGAAUGCUACUGACAGGCAUAGCAAUUCGCAAUCUUCACCUCUUCAAUUUGUCAGGGGUAUAUAUGGAUGUUGUUUCUUCACUGAGGAAAAUUGCUAUGACUGUCAUUCUCAUCAAAGCUGGUCUUGGUUUGGAUGCUCAAGCCUUGAAACGUCUCAGUUUAGUUGUUAUAAGGCUAGCAUUUAUACCAUGUCUGUUUGAAGCAUCCACUGUUGGUCUGGUUUCUCACUACCUGCUUGACUUUCCAUGGCUUUGGGGUUUUCUACUGGGGUUUGUUCUGGGUGCUGUCUCACCUGCUGUUGUUGUUCCUUCAUUAUUACACCUGCAAGAAAGAGGUUAUGGAGAAGAUAAAGGUGUAGCUACACUGGUUAUUGCAGCUUCUAGUAUUGAUGAUAUAGCUGCUAUCACUGGUUUUGGUGUUAUUUUGGGAUUCAUUUUCUCUGAGGGUAAUGUAACUCAGCAAUUACUUCAGGGUCCACUGGAAGUUAUUCUUGGUUUGGGAUUUGGUAUUGCAUGGGGCGUGGUGUCAAUGUACAUACCCCACAGGAAAGAUCCAUAUGUAGUUUACUAUCGAGCUGCAAUGGUUGCUGGAGGAGGAAUAUUUGCAGUUUUUGGAAGUCAGAUUCUUGGUUAUGAUGGAGCAGGAGCUCUUGCAUGUAUUACAGCUGCAUUUGUAGCAUGUUGUGGUUGGAAGGGUCAAGGCUGGAGUGCAGAAUAUAAUCCAGUUUCCAGUAUAUUUUCAGUCAUAUGGGAAAUAUUUCAACCCAUACUGUUUGGACUUAUUGGCACUGAAAUUCUCAUAAGUCAGCUAGAUGGUGGCACUGUGCUACGUGGAAUGGGAGUUCUUUUUGUAGGCCUUUUGGUUCGUGUAUGUGCUAGCUGCAUCGCAACUCUAGGAGGAGCACUGACCCUGAAGGAGCAGCUUUUUGUUGCCAUAGCGUGGCUACCAAAGGCAACAGUUCAAGCUGCUCUUGGACCUGUAGCUCUAGAUAUAGCAAGAAAAAGAGGAGAUGCUUCAGAAGAUUUAGCAUCAAAGUUGCUAACUGUUGCUGUGCUAUCGAUUUUGUUGACUGCUCCUACUGGAGCUGUUGCUAUUUAUAUAUCUGGGCCAAAACUUUUAAACAGGGUGAAAGCAAAAUAUAGUUCACCUAUUGAAGAAGAAACCAAUAAUGCUGAUGUUCCUCUGCGUGAAAUUGCUGCUAGCUGAUUUUUGUGAGGCCAACAAGUCUUUCAUGUUGGAGCACAACAUAGUAUGUUAAAGGGAAAUGUCUGUAUGAUGUGUUUUAUGUCAGUCUGUAUGUAUGUCACUGUUUUACUAAGUGGUACUUAAACAAAACUGAUUGUUAUUUUUAUUAGAAUUUUCAUACAUUUUCACUUAAACAGUAAGAAAUACUCUUUCUGCAGUUUCUGAAAUGCAAAACAAUAGUACAAAGUUGUGUGUUUUUGCUCAUAUUAUUUUAACUUUUGUGUUUUAUAAAUGUGAUGCAUCAUAAUUAAGACAAUAUAUUCCUGCUGGGAAUAUCUUGAUUUCUGUGAUGCAAAAUACCAAAACUUUCAUUGUUGCUGUAAGCAGGAAAUCAGUAAGUCAUAAUAGUCUGUACUUACCAGUUACUUUUGUAAUAAUUUAUGUUCCUUGUUAAAAAUGUAAGAUUAGGUGCUUGUAACUCAUUGUUUUAUGUAUAUUUUUAUGUUGUACUUCAUAAAAUCAAUGCAAGAAAGUUGAGAGACCAAACAGACUUAAACAAGACUUAAAAAAGAAAUAAUUUUAUCAGAUUAACGUAUUUUAAUAUAAAUUCUUAAUAUACAAAAUAGUACUUAUACUGAGUGUGGAAGUAACAAAGGGAUUAAAUGCUUUGGUAUGUUGGGAUCAUGAAAUAUUGAAAAUUUGAAUUUUUUCAACCUUUAAUUCUUCAUUAUUUAGGGGGACUUUGCUCUGUUGAAGUCACAAACAGUUUUUUGUCAAUCAGUGAAUCAUACUGUUGAAUCUGGUCAGACGGAAUCUUUCACCAUUUCCUCCCAAGAGUUGCAGCUUUGAGAAAGUACCAAUGUAGAAUUGUUCAUUCCCAUGUGACAUAAUGUUGCUGACUUGUGUAAUGUCUCUGUAUGUUAACUGUAUAAUAACUCUACAUUAUGUUAAGUAUAUCAGCUUAAGGUGGAGGUCUAAAUAUGAACAUUAUGAAGCACAAUGCCUAAUUGUGAAAGAAAUUGUGAAAUAACGAACUUCAAUUUCCAAAUAAGGUAAGAAAAUCUAAAAGAGUUGACAGUUCAUUUCUGUAGUUUGAAAACCUUUGUAUGGACUGCAAAACUGGUCUUUUUAUGCUUUUUUGAUGUGAAAAAGUGACUAUCACAAACCUUGCAUGCUCUCUACAUCUCAAAUUUUAUUAGUGUGUAUAUGUUUUCAUGAAUUAGUAUGGUCAUUUUAUAGUGUUUUAAAAUGUUCAUUCCUCAGCUUGGUUGCAAAGGAAGUUUCUAUACGUACCAGAGGAAAUGUGGGAUAUGUGAGUUUGCUAUACAAUGUGAGCGUGCCACCAUUAGUGAAUGAAGUAUUCAUCAGAGGAAGUCAAUCAAUUUCCAACUCUCUUCCACUUGUUAAAUUGUUUUUAGAUGUGUUUUGCCAGUAUCGUUUUGACUUGUGCUGUGAGGUUAAAUAGUUACAAAUCUUAUUCCAUUAAUAUGAAUCCUGUAGCACUCUCAGAAAAUCUCACAGAUCUAACCACUGGAGCAGAAGAAAAAAUGCUACUUAUCGCCUCCCAUUUGUAUGUCCCACAUGACUUAGAUGCUUAUUAGUGGCUCACAGAAUAGUGUUGUAAUUCUCAGGAGCAAAAUCUCUGGUUUAUUGUUAAAAGUUAUGGGAACCAGUCAGUCAAUUCGAAAUAAACACUUUUGAUUUUCACUGGAUCAUCACAGAUAAUGCAGUUUAAUCUCACAAGACCAAAACUACUUUUUGACUGUAGCCUCAUCCAGGGUAUUCCCUCCCUUUACAAAGAUCUGACACCAAAAACUCUCAUUCCUGUGGACAUUGAGUAGAAUCUUCAAAAUGUCUACAGAACUGCUGAUCACCAUCCUCUUAGUUACAAACCUCUUAGGAUACUACCUAUUUCACUAAUUCACAUUGCACAAACAUGUGCUCAACUCCCUCCAAAAUCAAGUCCAGGACAACUCCAAAAAAGUAUUAAACAGCUUUCCAGCCAGUAUCACCACCAUAGUUUGGCUUUUGCCUCAGUUCAGGGAUUCCAAUUGGUGCUGAGAAACUACCUCAAGCCAACUGUGGUAAACUUAGGAAAACUUAGUCGCAUCAGCUUCACAGUGGGACAAAAAUUCCACCAAAAUUGUAGCAGUCUUUCACAAAUGUCACAAUUUACUCCCACUUCCAUGAGGUUUGUAAACAGUGUGUUACAGUGUACCUAACAGACUGCAGAAAUAUGAGUCACAGAUGGUGCUUUGAAGCGGAUUUUUCAGUGAGCAUAAUCACUGAGAGAGAAGAAUUUGGUAAAAGGGGGAGGAUGAGGGAAAGGAGUAAAAAUUGCCUGAUAAGUGAAGAGUGAUGCCAUCACAAAUGCCACUAAAAGUGGAAAAAAAUGAACCUAAGUCAAUUUGGCAGCCUCAGAGAAAUAAGUCCAAAACAUUCCAACUAUAAUUUUUGUUUUAGUAAUUUUGUCAAAUGGAUGCUUUUCUUUAAUUUUGAUUUAUUUCACAGAGGAAGCUGUGUGUUGUUUACUUUUCAGUGAUCUUCUUUUUAAGGGUUUUGGGAAAGGAACAUCUUUAACAUGUAAUGUGUAAUAUAAUGUUUUGUGUUACAUUAUGUGAACUUAAUAUGGAGAGAUAUUGUAAACUUGUGUGUACUUACUUUCCAGAUGUUGAAGUGUUAUCUCAGUAUCUGUUUACAAGCAUUAAGAAAGAUGACAAAUGUUAAUUUUUUAGUUAUUGUUUUAAUAUGAUGCAUUUAUAAUUGUUUAUUUUGAAAUAUCUUUAUGUUUAAAUCACAAAUGAGUUUGUGCCAAUGGUGUGAUUUGUAGACAUAAUUCAAUGUGUAAAACAUAUAUUUGUGGAUAUUGUUUUAUAUUUGUUACUGAAAAAUAAAUGUAGCUUUAUAAUGGCAA